AUGGCGGGAUCCGGCCUGGGCUCGGCGGGGCUGGACCUGGAGAAGCUGCGCAUGGCGGGCGCCGGCCUGGCUCUCGCGGUGCUCACCAGCGGCGGCGACGCACAAGGUCAGUCGGAGGAGGAGGAGGAGGAAGGAUCCUCCUCAGCAUCCCAUCCGCCUCGGAGGAAGACGGGCGCGUUCUUCCUGCGCUCGAGAGAGGAUGUUGCCUGAGGGGGGCGGGGGGGCGGACUCCCGUCUCGCGCCGCCAGGUGGAACGUGCAGGCGGACACGGCGGGGGAACGUCUCUUCCUCGCGAGGCCUGAGUAAUGGAAGGCCGGCGCGGCGAGGAAGGGCUGAGCGGCGAGGGGAAGGGUCGCCUGCUCAAUCGAAGCCAGAGAAACGGAUUCCUCAAGGAUUCCUCAAGCGACCGGCGUCGUCUCAGGCGAGCUCCGCCCACCGCUUCCCCUCAGCCACUCACUCCCCAGUUACUUCAGAGGGCUGGGCGCGCGCGCGCGCGCGUCUCCGCUGCUCCCCUCGGGUCACGCUCAGGGUCGUAUCCUCGUGCUGCAAGGCGUGUGGGAGGGCUAGAGUAAGAGUAAGGAAUGUGUGAAGCAGCAGCGAGAGCGCCCUGGAGCAUGUGAAGAGUUCUCUCGCCUGAUGAGUCAGUCAGAAGCAGGCCUUGUACAUCUGGGGUUGGGGAGAAGGAGCAGGUUCCCACUGAGAGCCCACUGGACUCCCGCCAGUCUUCACCAUGGAUGGGCCUUUGCUAGUUUGGCGCUGUUGGAGUCCAGCAACUUUAGGAAGGAACCAGGUCUGACCUUGUGGCUAAAAGUAGUCACCUUGGAGAAGCUAAGCAGUUCUAGGAGGCGCCUAGGUGGGAAAACACCUGAGAAUUUCACAUAUGCCACCUUGAGCUCUAUGAGGGAGAAAAAGCAGAAGAGUAAGUGUGAGAGUCAGAAAGUAGGAAAGGCUCCAUUCCUGGUUCACAUUUCAUCUCAGUCAUGAACUCCUUAGCUUUAUUUAGGCAAGUUGCACUCUCUGCCUCAUCCCUCACUUCUGUCUGCAAUAUGGGGAUAAAUGCUGACCUACCAUAAAUAAUUAUUUUAAGGCAGCAACCAAACCAUUAUCUCCUCCUGCCCCCAUGGGCCAAGUUUGACAAGUGGUUGCAGCCACUCACUGGUCAAUCACCUCACAUAACAAAGUCAGGAGGCCUAUUUUUGUCCGCACAGUUUGAAGUCAAACUUUUCAGGCAAAGACACAGCCCACACAUUGUAGACAAUCAGCACAUUGUACGCUGUGCCAAUGAUCAGCUGAUGGUUCAGGUUUGUGAAGCCCAGGGCCAGCUCUUCCAAGACCCAACCAUGACCUGAUUCUGUGAACCGCCCUGAGACCUCCGGGCAAAAUCAUGUCUACCUACCCCCACUCCUGAUUUCAUGUAAGAUGUAGGCAUGGCUUAGCUGAAACAGCCUUGCCAGCCAAAUAGGGCAGGCCUAAUUGGGCCCUUGGCCAGGUGUCCCCCCCGCCCUGCUUUUGUAAGAACUGCCGUGAAAAUUUAUGCAAUGUGCAUUCUAGCAGUGCAUGCCAAGAUUAGGCACAGGAGGGCAAGGGUCACUGGUCAGCAUCAAGGGUAUACAGCACAAGUGCUGAUCUACUGAAGCAUUGGGUCCAAAACACAUUUAUUGAUCAUUCCAUUGGGGGGGGGGAAAGCUAAUUACAGCUAUUUAGGCACUCUUUGAAACAGCACUAACCAUGAAAUACCCUAGAUGAUUUCAGUGUGACAUCAAGGCCCUUCUAGUUCCCUUCCACUGCAAUUAAACUAUACACAUGGCUCCAGGGGCCUGGAUUAGGUUUGCCCAUUUUACUCUGUGAUUCCUGCCUGUAUCUCUGUAGCAAGCUAGAAUGGAACAACUGUUACAUUUAUAACUUCACUGACAAAAGAUAUUUUUCCUUCAUAAGGAAAGGAAAACUGUAUUUGCAGUUAAUGAGUUUUCUGGUAUAACUGGGCUAAUUUAUCUAUUGACAGUUGCAUAUGUAGAAGUUCAGAUUUCUCUGUGUUAAUGGUACCUUAAUGAUUUUCUCUCUCUUUUGAACUUGCCCCUGUUGUGUGUUGUGGUGCAGCUGUGACCAUCAUAGGAACCUAAUAAAAAUAGACAUACAGCUAUUUUUGCCUGAUCAAUUUGCUUUGCCCUUGACGGGACAGAGCCAUCUUUGAGUCUGUAUACUAUGAUGGAGUAGGGAUAAAUAUAUCAUGAUGGUCUUCUAUACAAUAAACAUAUUGUUGAGGGCAGUAGUGGGUUUUCUCCAGCCUAGUUAAGCAGAUGAGUGGAAAGUGUUUAUCACUAUUUUGUUUGUAAUUGCUGAAUGUUAAAACAUUAGUUUAGAAUACUUAUUGGUAUGACAAAUUCCCAAGAAAAAUCAAAAUUAAGGGUUCGAUACAAAUAAGUUUUAUUCAUUGUAGAUCCCUUUAUAUUAAUGAACCUUAGUCAUGUUUAUUAACUGCAAUGGGUCUAUUCUGAAUUGAACUUGGAUACAGCCCUAAGACUGGAUGUUAAGUUAUAACACUGACUGUUUGUUGGAUGUUAUAAUAUUGUCUAAUGAUAGACAAUAUUCUAGCAUCCAACUCUUUUUAAUUUCAACUCCCUCUUCCCUGCCAUUUUAGCAGUCAAAUUUUUGAGCUUUGUUGGAAUACAGGAGAUCCAAAUAAAUUUAUCAUGUGCAACAGUGAAGGCUGAUUGAAUUUAAUUUUCACUUUGUGGGGGGAUUACAUAAAGGCUAGGAAUAAAAUGAGAAUGUUUCAGACAAACUGAAUUUGCUGGAUGUUUGUGUGUGGAGGGGGAAAUUCUAGAACAGCUUUCUACCCUUACACAGCUUUCUCUUUGCCCUUGUUUUCUUGUUCUUUGUUCUGUAGUUUCUGUGGUCAUUUGUAAUGAAAUAAUCUUUUCGGUUUAGAGUGAAGAAUGUUUUGAAGAAUGUUAUGACACAUACCUUGCCUGCAAAGCACCAUGCAUUAUAACAGCACUGUAAAAACAAUCAAUUUAAUAUUCCUUGUUAUGUGCCCUUGAAACCAUUCCCCUCUUCCACUGGCAAAUUGCAUUCAUAACAUACUUGGAACUAUCCAGUUCCUGCAUCAACCAUCAGUUGGCAAAUAUUUUUUGCCCUUUAGUCCCACUAAUUACUCCCUUGUCUUGGUUUCUGAUCUUUACUGUGGAUAUGCUCCAGGGCUUGGCAAGUUACCUAACUGCUGAAGUGGAAGUAUGUGAGUGUAUCUUCAGUGGAAGCAGCCUAACGUAAACCAGUAAAGGAUGUAAUCCAUUUAGUAUGGAAGAGGUAAUACAUCUCUGUUGUGAUUCUGAAGUAUGCCUGUGGACCUGUGUGCUCACUUGGUGCUUGGAGCAAAUUUUUGGAGGGAGGUGCCUAGCAAAUCCCUUCUCAAAGCCUUCUGAUGUGGAAAAUCUUGCUGGUCUGUACUUUCCCUGAGAGAAGUGGCUAUAUUUCCACUCGCCCCAAGGUAGGAAGGUACGUAACAUUAUCACUUGGCUAGUGCUUUAUAUGACAUAAACAGGGUUGUGGGGUGGGGGUUGCCUCUUGUUGGGGAUGACAUCAAUGAAGGUUUCUGACAUCACCAUGGUAUCUUGUAGCAAACCAGUGUCUCUUUCUAGAUGCUUUGCCCACCAAGGGAGAAAGCUGUAGACAUGGCAGAAUAUUGGCAAGGGUUACUCUUGUGCAGCUGAUGGGGCCUGUAAACAAAGCACAGUAUGAUGACAACUAGACAGAUGGCACCAGAUGGCCAGUUGUGAUUUCUGCCUCUAAUCAGUUAAGUCAGUUCAUGUCCUCUGGCACACCUAAUCCCAAUGUUUUAAAACCGAUUUAAAAGUCAUGAAGUUUUAAAAUAAAAUAAUGUUGCAAUGAGUUUUCUUCCAUGCAUGCAGCCUGAUGCAGGUCUCCACUGAGCAUGGAAAACCACAGCACCUUGCAUCAUUGGGAAAAGCAUAUCCGUGGAAUUCAAUAAAAUUGCUUUGUGUGCAUGUGGGUACUGUAUGUAUUGUUACUGUUAUUCCGUCCCACCCUUCCUCCCCAAGGAGCUCAGGGCAGCAAAUGUUUGUGUAUUUUUGUGGUGUUUGUGCUGGAAAUUGGUUACAUCCAGUUGGCCAUGCCCACUACAGGCCUGGGGCCCCUGAAGGGUUGACCAAGGGGAAAUGCAACUUUCCAGUAAAAAAGUUUUUCCCGCCCCUGUUUUAGAACUUCACAUUGUCUAGCUUCUCUCUACAGUGGUUUUAAUACUUUAUAUUUGCACAAAAAAUGGAAAUUAACUCUUAAGUAGCUUCCUUGAUUUCUCCUAGUAGAUGAAAAGCAGAAUAGAAAACUUUAAAAUAAAUACGUUGUUUAAUCCUUGCAAGUUUUAGCACAGUAUACUGGAGCAAAUGGGGUAAUCUUCUGAUAGCAGAAUAAAUGGCAGUAUACUCAGAAUCAACUUUUGAUCUCAUUAUUGUUUGGGCAUCACUUUUAAUGGUAUUGAAAAGUAUUUUAUGCAAUACAUGCCCCAAUAUGGCAAAUUAGUUGAAUAACUGGGACUUGUUUUACACAUUAACUCCAAUGCAGAGAUGACUCGCAUGACAAGAAGAGCUGCUUGUACACGAAGGACCAAAGUACAGCAGGCAUAUACAGAUCGGAGGCAGGUAGCAAUUUGUAUCUGAGUACAGAUGGGAAUAUCUUGGAUAGUAGGAGUUGUCCAAAACAUAUGGAAUGCACCAAGCUGGGGAAGGUUGGACUAGAUGGCGAAAUAGUCUGACCUGGCACAAGGCAACUUCCUAUGAGAAGCGAGUUAAAUCUGGUCUGAGCUAUUGUGACACACUAGGCAUAUUUGUAUUUUGACUCUAUCUGCUUUUCUCCAGGGGAAGUAAAGGUAAAGGGACCCCUGACCAUUAGGUCCAGUCGUGACUGACUCUGGGGUUGCGGCACUCAUCUCGCUUUAUUGGCUUGCUUUAUUCCGGGUCAUGUGGCCAGCAUGACUAUGCCGCUUCUGCUGAACCAGAGCAGCGCACGGAAAUGCCGCUUACCUUCCCGCCGGAGCGGUACCUAUUUAUCUACUUGCACUUUGACGUGCUUUCGAACUGCUAGGUUGGCAGAAGCAGGGACCAAACAAUGGGAGCUCACCCUGUCCCAGGGAUUCAAACCGCCAACCUUCUGAUCGGCAAGUCCUAAGCUCUGUGGUUUAACCCACAGCACCACCCGUGUCCCUCCAGGGGAAGUAGGUCUCUGUAAAUAGCAGUUUCACAGGCAAGCUGAUCUACUUGCAUACUUUGCAGGGAUGAAGCCCCGAUAGCACAACUGCCCACUGUGAUUUGUUAUCAGGUAGCUGACAGAGCUCCCUGCUGACAGAAGUUGUUUUUUUUUUGCCUUUCCUUGUGACCUGUUACAAUGGGAGAGUGGGAUGGAUCUUCCCAUCUUUAGAGCAGGGAAUUAGCCUCCAUGGAUUCAGUGUGACUAUGAGGGGUCAGUAUCUACUGGACUGUUUGAAAUUAGAAUUCAGACCCCAUGUUAAGGAAAUCUAUUGGCAUAAAAUACAAAGCCGCUGGAUAUGUGUUGCAGACAGAUAAUUUUUUUACGUGAGCAUCUGUAAGAUGCUAUGGAAAUCUAGGGAUGCAAAAUAAGGGACUCAAAGAUGGAAGGGUAUAUACUGUACUAUACAAAGGGGAAGGAGGUGAAAGUAAGGAAAAGAAAAGAAAAGAGAAGAACCAGAUUUUGAAGAGUAAGCUACAAAAAUCCAACAAAUGAGCCAAGUGAGUGGGGAGAAAGCCAUGAGAGAGAGAGACAGAAACAGAGAGACUAGCUGCUGACACUCAGUCAAGGACAAGAAAAGAGACAACAACUAAAUGUAUCAAGAAAAAAGAAACAUCCUGCACAACUGGCUUAUUAGUUAUCUAAAGGAGAAAGAGGCCUUUUUUGGAAAACGCCCAUUCAAAUUUCCUGGCUUCCAAUAAGCCUCCUUUUGUCAGAUUAAAGAGAGAAAAUGGUACUUAAGAGGGGGAAAUUGUGCUUUAGGGUUCCCAAUUCUCUGGACAGAAGAAAACAUGAUCAGUGGAGCCAAAUUGCAUUGUCUCAUUUUUGGAACUUGUGCCGUGUGAAACAGUGCAGAAUGUGGUUUCAAUAAACUGGGAAUUCACAGUUCAAUUCCCAGCUCAGUGGGUAGACUUAGGCAAGCUGCUACAUCUUAUGCUUAUAAUCCCCACUCCCCAUCACUGCGAGUUUGCAAUAUGAGGGUAAUAAUAAAUAGCAUUCUACAUUGCAAGGCUGUUAUGGUUGCACAGAUAACGUUUGUGAAAAUGAUUUGAGUUAGGAAAGGCAUAUACGGUAAAUAUCAAGAUUCAGCGUUGUUGUGAUGAGUUAAGAGAGAGUAUAUGAAAUUUGGCAAAUGACACUGGUUCUAAUAUAUUUCAUGCCUCUUUAGUUUGGCCUCAUGUUCAGGCCAAAAGUUAAUGAAAUCUGAGUCUUUAGUGGGUAUCUUAUUUCUCAUUGCAUCUCUGCCACAGAUUGCAGACACUGUUGCUUUAUUUCCAAUCAAAAAAUCUCUGGAACUAGAAUAGCUUAAAAAGUCCUAUCCUGUUUUGCCAAAGUCAGGUGGAUCUCUUGGUUAAUUUAUAAUGAUUUAUUAAAAGUUAAUACAUUUUUAUUUAAGAACAUACUUCCCUCCUCUCCAAUUAUUAUGCCCAAUGUGAGAAGGAGGCAACAUCAUCUUUGGCAUUUUCUUUUGGCAGCUAAAGUGAAAUAAAGUCAAAUGUACGCACUGAAUACGUCAAGACAAACAUUUUGCAGUUACAUUUUUUAUUUCCCAGGUAUGUUGUGCCAUUUUUGUGGAAUUUCAGACAUAUUUCUUUUCUCAUCCAAUUAUACUUGUUUCUUGCCUUCGUUUUUUGAGUGUAUUAGCUUUUCUGUGCAAGGAGUUUUAACAUGUUACUGGCAACUUGCAUGCCACUAAUGCCACCCUGAGCACUGUAACAAAGCAAACCUAAACAUUCAGAAGGACAUCCCACUGUGUUCAAAGGAGCUUGCUCCUUAGUAAGUGUAUUUAGGACAACUUCCUGAGUCUUGUUGAGCUAAUGGGGAUUGUAAGUCUCAUGUGCCCUUCCUUGAAAAUAAGUGAGAAUUCAACAUUUUUGCAGUGUGUUGCUUUAUUCAAAACUAGCUAUGCUUCUUACCAAAAUAAAAGUGCAGAAUUCUGCAUCACUUUAGCUCAGGUUUGUAUCAUUUAUUUACCUUGUCUUCUAUCUCUCCAGGUAUGAAUGCUGCUGUCCGAGCCGUGACUCGCAUGGGGAUAUAUAUUGGAGCAAAAGUGUUCCUGAUCUAUGAGGUUCAAAAGUUUUACCCAUCAAAAUGCUGUGUUGUUUUUUCCUUUGCAUGUGGGUGGUUAUUGGUGCAGCUUUGUUCUUUUUAAAAUUGCUGGAUAGUUGCCAGGAGACUCUGGAAUCAUGUAAAUGACAGCGGAGCCUGGCUUGGACUAGACUGUUUCCUACCUUCUUCCUCUUAGCACUGGGAGAGUGAGAUCACACCUUUCUGCCCUGCCCACCAUGUGAUGAGCCAUCCUUUUGACACCACUUGCAAUGCUAGAGUGUAAUGUUUACAUUGGGCACACAUGCAUAAAUUCCGCUAUGGGAAGGGCCAGUUCCCAGAUUUGGCAGGGUGAGGGUGGAAAUUGACUGUGUGAUUUGGGCUAAUGUGCAUUGAAUUUUAUGGAUCUAUAACGCUGUUCAAACUUUGUGAACAUAUUGGGAGUGUCGAAGGCAGGUCAUGUGUGCCUGGCAGGCAGAAUAGGAUGGUAAGAACUCCACCUCUACACAGUCAAAGGAAGAAGGUAGAGUAUCUUCCGAAGUAGGCCUGGGUCUCAUUGAUGUGGUAACAGCAUCAGUCUCUUUCUCUGAAGGUUGGUGCUCAGAAAUUGUCUUAGCAGGGGCUGUGUGAUUAAGAAACAUAACUGACUGUUUCACUCUUUUCCCUCUAAAAAGCCACAGCCUGGAAAGGCGAAUUUUGCAAAUUUCCCACGGGCAGAAUCAGUAUCAUUAAAUAGUCCUUUGAAGUUAGGGAAAUCCAGGGUGCAGUUUCUAGAAUGAAUAUAAAGGUAAAGGGACCCCUGACCAUUAGGUCCAGUCGUGACCAGCUCUGGGGUUGUGGCGCUCAUCUCACUUUAUUGGCUGAGGAAGCUAGCGUACAGCUUCCGGGUCAUGUUGCCAGCAUGACUAAGCCAUUUCUGGCGAACCAGAGCAGCGCACGAAAACACCAUUUACCUUCCUGCUGGAGUGGUACCUAUUUAUCUACUUGCACUUUGACGUGCUUUCAAACUGCUCGGUUGGCAGGAGCAGGGACCGAGCAACAGGAGCUCACCCCGUUGUGGGGAUUCGAACUGCCGAUCUUCUGAUCAGCAAGCCCUAGGCUCUGUGGUUUAACACACAGCGUCUAAGAAUGAAUAUACAGGAAGUAAAAUUAGAUAUGCAAAUUAAGCAAGUGUGUAUGGCCACCUGGAUCCUAUCUUUUGCUGCUUCCUUUUAAAAACAACCUCCCCAUCACCUAUUGAGAUUAAAUAGCAUGCCUGUGUGGUUUUUAAAAAGGGAAACCAGGAAUCUAAUACGUCAUACAGGCACUGGAUGUCACAUCUGAAGCCAGAUUUCACAAUUCACAGCAUGAUUAGUCAUGCAGUAAACUAGUGCUCCUGGGUGCAGUUGUUUCACAGUUUGACUAGUGAUCACAUGACUCUCAAGAAGAGCCCAGAGCAUGGCACCUUGGCAGCCCCUGGCCAGGAAUAUGAGGCAGCUGUAAAACGGAGCUCAGGGGAGGCAUGAUGAUCAAGUUAGAACUAGAUGUCACCUAGGAUACUCCUUCACAAAAAUUGACAAUCUGUGCAUUCUCUGACAUACAAAAUUAAUUGUAGUAUAAUAAUUUAACAACAUGCUUUACAAGAAUAAAUGCUGAAUACAUUAUAUUUCUGUAGCUGAGUAUCAUUGAGGGAUCUUUCAAAAACAUUAGUAUAUUCUUCAUAGAAAAGUUAAAGCAAUAGCAAUGGUGAGAUCAACAGGCAAAAACGCCUUUGUUCUUGUGAUAACUUUCAAACUGUAAAUCCACAAGAAACUUUGUACUGCCUAUAAAUUGUGGCAGACAGUUCCAUAGUUUUCUCAUGAGCUUCUCACUGUCCAGCAAGUUAUGCAAGAACUCUUGCUGUGGUACUGUAAAAUCAAAUUCUGUAGAAAUGUUGUGAUAACAUGCCAUUUGUCUUUGUAAUGUGUGUCCUUGAAGCUUUUACAACUUUAUUUUUGUAUAUUCAAGGGCUUCACAUUUAAUUGCCAGUCUUUGUGUGAUCUGAGGAGUAUGGAGACAAUAUGGGUGGCUUAUAGCUGUUUUAAGGGAUUCUUUCAGCACUCCUUAUGCUGGAUUAAUUUUAAAGGGUCAUGGAGCAAGCUUUCCCUAGUGCAAUGACGCAUUCACACUGCUCUUUUUCCUCGUUGCAGGGUUACGAGGGACUGGUAGAAGGAGGAGAGAAUAUCAAGCAAGCAAACUGGCUCAGUGUAUCCAACAUAAUUCAACUGGUAAGGCCCAAAUGGUCAUGCUGUCUGACUCCCUGCUGUGGAAGCAGACAGGCCUCAUGACAUUUCCAAUCUCAGGUCCGUCUAUAGCCAUACAUUGCCUUCUGGAGUACAGAACUCUGACUUACAGUAGCUCUCUGAGUGGUUUAGUUUAAUUGUACAUUUCUGAGUUGAAGUGCUAAUUUAUGGGUGCUAAUGAAAACAAACCACCUCCUCUCAUGGUCCCAUUUUUCUCAAAAUUCAUGCAGAUGCAAUUUUCUCCUCACAGGAAGGGAGAAGGACUGUGCUGGGGUAGCAACAUGGCCUACAUAGGUCUGCAAAUGCUCUGUUUGGUUCUUCUCGGCCUUUGUCUCCCAGAUCACCAGUUAUGACCUGUUCCACCUCCCCUGCUUACCUGAGCCCUUUAUAAAUAACAGUUCUGCUCCCAAAAUCUUGAUUGGAUAAGCAGUGAGGUAUUCCUUCUCCUAGAAGGCUCCAUGUUAGAAGGAAGGAAGGAAACAGGCAUCAGUUGGAGGAAGAGUCUAUAUUGUGUGAAUUCACAGCAGUGGGUAUAGCUGUGGCACAGCUGGUUAGGUAACAGACCAGAAAUGUAUGUUGACUAGCACUGGAAAUGAGAUCCCUUGGUCUGUUUAAGAAAGGUUCUGUAGCUGCCUAGCGUGACCUCAUGAGAGAUGGGAGUUGUACUUGGCUGCCACUGCAGGGAGAAAGGAGGAGUGUUUUGGUACAUUAUUGUACUCUUAAACUGACUUCUAAAGGAAGCCUGAAUAAUAAGAUUGCGGGAGCUGCCCUGAAUUGAAUCCAUUCAUUCUAACCUGGUACUGUUUGUCCCAGCUAGCAGAAGCUUUAGGAAGAUUGGGAAAGGGCCAGAGCACAUGCUUCAGGAGGCCCCACAUCCAAUUCCUGGCAUCUCCUGCCUGAAACCACAGAGAGACACUGUCAGCCAGUGUAGAGAAUACUGAGCCAGGUGGACCAGUUUGGUCUGACUCUGUAUUAGGCGGCUUCCUGUGUUCUUAUGUAAGGUCUUCCAGGUCUCAGGCAGAGGUCCCUUGUAGCCUCUCUACCUGAUAUGGCCCCAGUUGUGAGAUGAGGCAGGGUCCCUCCCUGAAUUGGGAUAUUUAGCAUAAGCUUUGCAGCAGAUUACCAAGAAAUGUUUUCCUGGAGGAAUCACAAGAAAGUGUUGAGGUUUGGAGAAAGCAAUCCAGUCAGUUAAAUCUCCUAAUGAAUUGAUUUCACAUUAUUUCAUACCUGAUGCAUUCCCCAGUCCAAAGAUUACAUCACUUUUCCUUGUCAGUCAUUGUUACUUCAUAUGGACAUCCUCCAGAGAGACGACUCUAAUUUCAUCUGUUAGCCUGGGAUGCUUAACUUGCCCUUUCACCUUUAUGAUUUCUUCACUGUGCUUGGUUUCAUGGAAGGUCAAAUAGUGGCUUUGGGUUUGUUCUACAAAAAGAUCCAUUUAUUGUGGGUGGAUUAGACAUAUUCAUUCUUUGGCCCACCACAGUCACAAGUGAUAGGAAUUAAUUUGUGGUGGCAUAGUUUUAAAAUAUCUGUGUCACAUGAUUUAUUAUUACAGUGGUGCCUCGCAAGACGAAAUUAAUUCGUUCUGCGAAUUUUUUCGUUUUGCGAAUUUUUCGUCUUGCGAAGCACGGUUUCCCAAAGUCUUCAAAAUCACCAAAGUCUUCAAAAACCUCAAAAAAGGCUACCACACCGCGUGCUAUGAGUUGCUCCUCAAAGUCACCCUGGGUAUUAACGGUUUUAAGAAAAGGAAACAAACUUGCAAGACGUUUUCGUUUUUCGUCUUGCAAAGCAAGCCCAUAGGGAAAUUCGUCUUGCGAAGCAACUCAAAAAACGAAAAACUCUUUUGUCUUGCGAGUUUUUCGUCUCGCGAGGCAUUCGUCUUGCGAGGUACCACUGUAUUAUUAUUAGGCAGAUGCUAAAUUUCCUUUUUCCUUCCUCAGGCUCAAAAAAGUGUGUGUUGACAGAGAAAUCAUCAUCAGGGCCUUGUCAAUUUUAAGUUCUUUACCUAAAAUGCCUGAUGAGAGUAAAUGCUUAUGUUUAAAAUAUGUGUGUGAUGCAUGUCUAGAUUUCAAGGAACCCCGAAAUGGCCACAGCUUCCUGCAUUAUAUACGUAUGUGUAGGGUUAUCAUAUUUCUAAAAGUGAAAAUCUGGACACAAAACUUUAAAAAGCUAUUUUUAAGGAAAUACUCAAAAACUCCACUUGCAACGAUUUCCACUGUUUACGAGGGCCUAAUCCCGGCUAUGUCCAGACAUAUGGCAGCCCUACCUAUGUGAGAAUUGUGUUUUCCCAAUAAAUCUCUCUCUCUCUCUGAAGUGACCUUGCUUUGUUCAGGUGUAUAGAAUAUAACUAAGUGUAAUUUGCAAUUUCUGGCUCUUGACUCUACUCCGGUUUUUAUUUCUUUCCACCUGGUUCAUCAUAAUCGCCUGAGUUAUUGCCUGGUAAUUCCAGAUGUCUCAGAAACUCUGCUGUAGGCUGGGUCUAAUCCAACUCAGCUCCGUUCACCUGGGUAUAACAUCUACCGCCCGCGGGUAGGGUGUGAGUGCUGCAGUUCUCGCACCACUGAGCUGGAAUUGCUUCCUAGGUGAUCCUGAUUGUCAGGAGCUCUCUGAACUGGGACCUGCUCAGCCCCCUCCUAAUAGUGUUUGUGUUGUUGUUUUUCCCCUUCUUAGAGCCUUUCCCAAUUUGACUGGUGUGCCUCCUUUCCCUCAGGUAACAUUCUGGUCUUGCAUGCCUCUGCAGGAUUUCCCCUUCUUGUCCCUCACCCUCCAUGUCUUUCUGAUACUGUCAAUGCAGCCUGCUGUUUCUGAUGGGCUUAAGCAAGGCCAGCAUGCUGUCUGCAGUGCUUUGUUUUACCUGCCCAUGUAGACUUACCUUCAGAAAGAUGAGGACAAGGGUGGCAGCUGUGUCAGUGACUGUGGUGCUGGUGCACCCCUUUAGCAGGGUACGGCAAGCCUCCGGGCAGGAAUCUUAACUGUGCUAACAGCAUGUUCUCCCUCUACAGACCUUCACAGCACAUUGCUCUUUGUAUUUAUUCCAGUAACACUUGCAUCCCUCAUUGUUGUGUUCCUCUACCCCCUCUUGUUUUCUUGCUCUAAAGUGACGCUUGUUGGUCAUAGUCUGGAGUUUUAGCUCAGUGGAGUUUGUGGUGCUAUUCCCGUAGCUCUUGUGCUGUUCAAGAGUGGGGAUGGCAUUCAGAAAGAUCAUUUCCCCUGUCACAGCAGCGUUCAUCAACAUUGUGAGGAUCCCAGCAGGAGAUCCUACUGAGCAGCAGUUUUGUGUGAAGAGCAUCGAAGGCAGUGUUAGAGACUGAGAUAUGAAAGCCAGGAGCUAAAUGGCACCUUAAACCUAGGUUAUGGGCACAACAACAGAAUGUCUAGGUGUGCUUUUUUAUAACAAGAAUACAAAGCUGAAAAUGAAUGAACUGCAGCUAAAACUAUUAUGUUCAUUUUUCACAUGGUCUAGUCCUUCCCCUGCUCAACCCCCUAAUAUUCUUAAGAGGGUGUCUUCUCCAGUCUUCAGAGAGUAGCUGGAAGUGGGGAGGCAGAAAAAGGUGCUCGUUUUCUUCCACUCUGCAGUUUUAAUCUGAAAUCUUAGGCGCAUUUUUGCGCCCAUAACUCAGAAACUGCUCGCGCUAAUGAAAUUCCCUGUCGCAAAAUGCACCUAGAACAAUGUAAGUUUUGAACACUGAUCAAGGGGCAGGAGUGAUUUUGAGUGAAAUGAGAGAUGCCCCUGUGUUAUGGUAGGGGACAGAGCAGAUUUGUCACACUUGGCUGGGUUGCAGCACACAGACUGGGCCAGGCCUGUGCUCCUCUAGCUGUGUUGUCCAAGACCCUUUCAAAAGGAGAGUUGCCUGAUAGUGAAGUCAGCUGUUCAGUGGUACAUAUUACAUAGUGUCUCCACCCCCAUCGUUCUACCUGGACUAGUGCCAUGGUUCUACCUGGUCUAGUGCCGAGGGCCUUCUGGGGGUUCCCUCACUGCGAGAAGCCAAGUUACAGGGAACCAAGCAGAGGGCCUUCUUGGUAGUGGCACCCACCCUGUGGAAUGCCCUCCCACCAGAUGUCAAAGAGAAGAACAGCUACCAGACUUUUAGAAGACAUCUGAAAGCAGCCCUCUUUAGGGAAGCUUUUAAUGUUUAACAGACUACUGUAUUUUUAUGCUUUGUUGGAAGCUGCCCAGAGGGGCUGGGGAAACCCAGCCAGAUGGGUAGGGUAUAAAUAAUAAAUUAUUAUUAUUAUUAUUAUUAUUAUUAUUAUUAGCAAUAGUCAGAGCUGCUGUUUAUCAAUAAAAUGAUUUAUAAGGACUGCAACAGUACAUGAUUUAUAAAAACUGCAACACCAAGUCCACUGAAGAUCACCGUUCUGGCAGCAGCAUGACUGGAUAGAGAAAGAGACAUUUCCAUAUCCCUUCUUCGCAUUUCAGUAUACAUAACGGUUUAUCAGGGUAAUCCCAUGCCUUGGGGUUGUUGCAUUUAUCUUCAUACCCACUAGCACUGGAGCCCCCUGGUACAUCAGGUUAGAAAUAAGAAUCCUGCACUUCUUGGGCCGAUGUGGCAUAUGCCUUCUGUAUUUAGAGGAUAUAGCAAUCCAAUUCUGCUUGAAUCUGGAACUUCAAAGAAACCAUCUUUUAAACAGUAUCUCUCUUUAGAACAGGGUUGGGAAACUUGUAGCCCUCUGGGGUUUGGUGGGCCACAGCUCUCAUUGGCCAUUCCAGCUGGGAGUGGUUGGACUUGUAAUCCAACAUCUGGAGGGGAACCCCAACCCAGAUGUAGAAAGUCCCCAUGCUUUAUUCCUGUUGGAACUCCCAGCCCUUCAAGAUGUUGAUGACCUUUGUGCUUAUCCGUGGAUCUGUCUGCUGACUUCCGAUUUGUCUUCUGAACUUCCUUUCUCACCUGGUUUCUUCGUUUGUAGGGUGGCACCAUCAUUGGCAGUGCCCGCUGCAAAGCUUUCACAACCCGGGAGGGCCGCCUCCAGGCUGCCUACAACCUGGUGCAGCACGGCAUCACCAACUUGUGCGUCAUUGGUGGGGACGGAAGCCUGACUGGUGCAAAUAUAUUCCGCUCGGAGUGGGGUGGUCUUUUGGAGGAACUGGUCAAAGAAGGUACGUGUGAACCUUAGUCCCCUUCAGAGCACUACUCCAGUGAGUCAACCUGAUGCCUAUAUCAGAGAAAUCCCAAUAGCAGUCUUGGAUGUUAGAAAUCCCCCUAACAAUGAACCCACAUGGUAAAGGCCAAUAGAAUUGGAGCCAAAACUGAGCCUUUGAGAAACAAGAGAGAUGUAUCAGCAUGCUAGGUUUGUAGAGGUACCCCCUGCCAAAAAAAAGGUUUGGUUUAACCCCACCCACUCACAGUCCACUGAGGACAGAGCAUCCAUUGCUCAAUAUCUUCAAAAUGUUGAGUGUCAGUUCAAAAAUAAAAACAAAAACGGGGGUGGGUGGGUGUCAUGAGUAAAACGUCCUGCUUGAUUCCCUUACAACUUACUGUAUCCUGGGCAUGGACCUCACAGGUGGCCUGGGAUGCUGUCAGAGCCCUUGCACUGCCUUCCCAAAGCUGGAUAAGCCUGCAAUUUCAACUUUCACAGGGGUGGGGAUAAAUAAAUAGAGACUGGAUUUCCUCCGCUGUCCAUUUAUUUAUUUCAGCUUCCAUGCAAAGCUACGAUCAUGUAAAUAAAAGAACCGUAAGAUGCAGGUUACCAGUACAAAAACACUACACGGUAUGAGGAAGGAAAAUGGGGCAUUAAAAACUCGUUCUGAAGCUGUUUCAUAUACAUGCUUUUCCCCCAUUUAAUUUCCCCAACCUCCCUCCCUGGCAGGAUUGUCUUUACAACUUCAACCUUCUGUGAAAGUUUAUCACUAUGAAGGGCCUUGAAACUUACUGUGACUAUGUUUUACAUUCAAUUACACACCCACUUACCCUUUCAUUCCUCAAUACAUGCAUGCAGUGAGCAGAAGGGACCUUCAGUAGCACAGAAAUAAACACACAGGAGCCUGACCACUGAGGACUGUUCAAGUUUGCAGACCUUCAAUUUCAUACAAUGGAGAGGAAAAGAAACUCAAAUAUACAAGAGUGUCUAUGAACACUACAUUGUUCUUGAUUUUUUUUAAAGAACAAAAUAGAGCAAAGUUAAAGACGUUGUUGUUGUUGUUGUUUAGUCAUUCAGUCGUGUCUGACUCUUCGUGACCCCAUGGACCAGAGCACGCCAGGCAGUUAAGUUAAAGAUGAGCACUCCUUAAUUCUGCAAAAAGUUGCUUAGCAAUCUUUAUAGCUUAGAAUACAAAAUUUGCCAGUGAUUCAGUUACAUGAUAUUGUGUAUCCAUGUUUGAAAGGAAACAAUCAAGUAACAAAUGAGUCUGGCUUUUUCAUCUCUCUAAAAAUUACACAAUAGUAACACAUUUAGUAUAUGAGGCUAGUUAUACUUGCAUUUAGAAAGCUUUCCGUCUUAGUGGAGUCAAUGCUAACUUAAUUUGUGGGGCUUAAUUUGCUGCCCUGCUCCUUCUUAAAAUUCUUUUUUCCCCCUAGUUAAAAACAUGAUUCUGCAAUCAAGCUAGUAUCAGUGCCAAAUUAUGGUUUUCAGAUUAUCAAGAUGCAAUUGCAAAUCAAGUUGAAAAGACAUUAAGGUUAUAAUCUCAUUUACAGUCUCAAGUUAAUAGGAAAGAAAUAUAACUUCACUCAAAUUAACAAUUAACCAUUUCCAGUUGGGCUAACACCAUCCUAUUUUCUACUUUAGGAUAUGUUCUCUUCAUAUGUAAUUGUCAUUUCCAUAGUCCUUUCCCUAGACAGACCAUCUCUCAUUCAUAUCCAUUUGUUAAUAUUUUCUCUCUCUCUUUCUUCCUCAGGGAAGAUCACUGAGGAGGUGUCUCAGACAUACUGUCAUUUAAACAUUGUGGGCCUGGUGGGCUCCAUUGACAACGAUUUCUGUGGUACAGAUAUGACCAUUGGCACUGACUCUGCCCUGCACCGUAUCAUGGAGGUGAUUGACGCAAUCACCACUACUGCCCAGAGGUCAGCAAAUGAUUUCUCAGGUCUUUUGCUUCCUAUCUUCCUUUACAAAAGGCUGCAGCAUGCCUAGGACAAGCCUGAGAGCUAUGUAACCAGCAGUUAGUUCCUGCCCUGCAGAAGCGUUUUUCCCAAGGGUGUGUAGGUGUGAUGAACCUGCUUUUCUGGGACUAAUUCCCUAUUAGAGCCUUCCCAGAUAUUGCACCACCCAGAACAAUUAAGUUAGAGCCAUUGAAAUCAAUGGACCUAACAGUCAUUUUCAUUGAGUAUAUUCUGAGUAAACCUUAGUUGAAUGCCACCCUUGGCAUUUUUCCUUGCAUUAUAAAAGGAACUCAUUAGCCAAGUACACAGAUGUCUUCAUCAAAGAUGACACUUGUGUUGCUGAGAUGUUAUAUUUCUCCUCACUCAUUCAGCAACAUGUUGCUAAGAAAAUGUGAAUCCCUACCUGCCUGCACGACAUGUGCAGUCUUUGCCACAUGAGCACUGUUUCACUUUGGAGUUCCUGUGCUGGAGGCACCAUAUAAGCAAUAUCUGCUUGCCCAAAUGGUUCAGAAGCAAGACCUGGUUGCCUUCCUUGAUCUUCAGAGGCAAGCAGCCACUGCCUCAGCAGCCUUCUGCUCCUUCCACAAGUAGCAGUGCACUGCAUCUUUCCUGGGCUAAAAUGCACAAUCCUACACUGUUCCAGAGAGGUGGAGGAGAAGCAGCAGCAGCACAGUACCUCCCUGCUCACUCCUCCCUGGUGUGGCUCAUUUUCUAACCUAGGCUCUACAGAUUUUGGUCGCUCCUCCCUCUGCAAGAGAAUGUGGAGUCUUAAUUGUGACAUCCUUCUGAGCACUUCCGAUGUGCAUGCGACUUCAGGUGCUCACCCUGUCACAAUUAGGUUUGCUGAGUAAGCAGCAAGAUGUUCUUUCCCAAGUCUGGAGACUUUUUGAUUCUUUCCAAAGUCAGCCCAAGGCCUGGGAGAGUCCCCUUCAAAGGCCUAAGAGACUGGAGGGAAAAGACAAAAUGAAAUAUGUGCUCACCAGCAGCAAGCUCUCAAGCACAUCUGUGGGCUCGUGCUCCCAGCAUUGAUGCUGUCUCUUCCCCUGUCCAGCUAACGUGUGUGUAAAUACUGCACUAAUGAGAAGAUGCAACUGAAGCAUGCACUGAAUGACCAUCUGGACAAGUCUUUACUCUCUUAUUUUGCUUUGCAGUCACCAGAGAACAUUUGUGCUGGAGGUGAUGGGCAGGCACUGUGGGUAAGGAGAGAGCUCUCUUGUUAUUUUUUUCAUUGAGGGAGACCUGGGUUUCCAGUUAGGGGAUUAAAUCUAAACAUGGGUAUAUGCCUGCCACCCACCCACCCAUCUCCCAAAUCUUUCACCGUGAUUGAUACCCCCGGGUUCAUCAUUCACAAGCUGACUCUCUUCUUCCUCUGCAGGUACCUUGCAUUAGUUUCAGCUUUGGCUUCUGGUGCAGACUGGCUUUUCAUCCCUGAGUCACCUCCUGAGGAUGACUGGGAGGAUUUCAUGUGUGAGAGGCUUGGUGAGGUGGGUGUCGGUGAUAUCUGUUGCACAACAAAAAUGAAAUUGUGUGCUCUUUUCUGAUGAGUACAAAUGGGGGGGGGCAUUUCAUUUAUAUUCUCUUCUUUAGUGGUCGCAUCUAAGUUGAUGGGGCCAUAUAUUUCUUUCCAGAGAGCUUACAGGAUCAGAUCUAUUAAUGCACUGUGCACCAGCUCACAGCAGCAUUCCAGAGCUCUCUGUGCUGCUGAUGUGUUGCUCUUUGUGGAAGACCUUCCUUUGUGUGUAUGCUGUACUGCAGAUAAAUGCAGGUGACACUGGGUAGGAAAAGCUGGCCGAGAGAGGCAUGGAGCUGGGGGGAAAAGGACAGGAUCUCAAGAGAGAGAGAGUUGAGGAUUGGCGGCUUUUUAGUUUAGAGAAGGUGGAUUGAGAGAAGCUUUUCUUCCUCUAAUACUAGAAUUUGAGGACAUUCAAUGAAGCUGAAUGUUGGAAGAUCUGGGACAGAAAUACUCCUUCGCGAAGCACAUGGAAUUCACUCCUGCAAGAGGCAGUGAUGGCCACCAACUUGGAUGCUUUAAAAAAGGAUUCGACAAGUUCAUGGAGGGUGAAGCUAUCAGAAGCUAGCCACCCUGGCUGCAUUCUCCCUCCACUCCUGGAGGCAAUAUGCUCCUGAAUACCAGUUGCUGGAAACUGCAAGAGGGGAGAGCGCUGUGGUGCUCAGGCCCUGCUUCCAGGUUUCCCAUGGGCAUCUGAUUAGCCACUAUGGGAGCAGGAUGCUAGACUAGAAGAGCCACUGACCUGAUCCAGCAGACCAUUCUUAAUAUAUUAGUAUUAGAUACCGAACCACCUAGCUGCCUUUAGUCAUCCUUUCUCAGCAGGCAGGAACUACAACAGGGGCAGGGAACAUUUGGCCCUCCAGAUAUUGUUGGACACCCCCAACUCCUGUUAGCCCCAGCCAGCAUCACCAUGGUCAAAAGUGAUGGGAGCUGUAGAGCAGCAACACCUGGAGAACCAUUACUUCCCCAUCCCUGAACUGCAAAGUUGCUGAUGGGGAAAGGCUUGACUGUCAAGCCUAAGGUGUUAAUGUUAGGAUUAUGAGAGAGUCUCCGUUAACUUAGCCUCUUGCCUUUCCCUGAUGGAUCAAUCAUUGGCUUCCAUAUUUUUCUUUGGAUAGACCCGGAGCAGAGGAUCCCGGCUGAAUAUUAUCAUCAUCGCUGAAGGUGCCAUAGACAGGAAUGGAAAACCAAUCACUUCUAACUACGUGAAGGAUGUAAGUAACUGAUUAAUGUUGUAGAGCCAUAGCAGUGAAAGUAUUUUUCAGCACACGGUUCUUAGAAAACAGGCUUUUCCAUAUUUUGGAACUAUCUUGAGUAUAAAAAUAUCCUGUGAACUUGACAGCUGUCCAUUUUUCACUUGGGCUUCCCAGCUUUCUUCGGGCUUUGAAUCACUCCGGAGAAUUUUAAAGUGGGCAUUUGCAGCUUCAAUGCAGAUGUAAACAUUGCAUUGGCAACCUCACGGAUUACUGCAAUGCACUCUAUGUGUUGUUACAUGUGUUGUCGGAGUGGCUCUGGAGGCCGUAGCUGAUGCAGAAAACUGCGGCUAGGUUGCUUGUGGGGCAAACUUUUGCUUGCAGGAUUUGCACUGGCUGCCAGUUGGCUACUGGGCCAUGUUCAAGGUGUUGGUACUAACAUACAAGUCCCUAUACAGCUUAGGACCAAGUUACUUGAGAGACCGCCUUAUCCCUUACACACCCAAUAAAUCACUGCUGUCCACAAGAGAGUCUCUCCUAUAAGUACCAGAAGCCUUCCCUAUGGUAACUUGGAGCAGGGCUUUUACUGUGGCCACCCCUCUUAUGUGGGACAGCAUUCCUGUCAAUAUACGACUGGCACCUACUAUUUGCAUUUUCCACAAGCAGCUGAAUGCAUUUUGUUCCAGGAGGCUUUCCCAGCUGGAUAAAUGGGUCUUUGCUAUGAGUAUUCACUUGACAGGGUUUUAGUCUUGUUUUAAAUGUAUUUAUUAUAUUUGUGGCUUUAGCAAUUUUUCAUCAUGUAAAUUGCUUUGAGACAGUAGUUUAGAAGGUGAUUAAUAAAUUGAUAAUAAUAGUAAUAAUGAUGGUAAUAAUAAAUGUCUGACCUAGAGCCCCUCUCCCAGUUUACCAGGGAAUCUGGUACAGGGAAGCUGUAAGCAUACUUUAACUCCAGAUUUUCUUUCUCCCUUCCCCCACUUUCUGAUCAGCUGGUUGUCAAGCGCCUGGGUUUCGACACUCGUGUGACUGUGCUUGGCCACGUGCAGCGUGGUGGGACCCCCUCAGCAUUUGAUCGUGUCCUGGUAAGUGUUACUCUUUUUCUUUUGCUAGAUGUCUGGGGUGUUCAGGGUAUGUCUAAGGAAUGGCUUCUCACUCUCUUGGUAAAGUGCCGCUGUGUUAGCAGCAGAAAGGCGAGUCAGAGCUGAAGACCCUGAAAAAAGGCAGGAACCUCACAGACUGAGUUCAUGUGCCCUGCUGCCAUUUAGAAAUCAGUCGCCCACACUGUAUAUAGGUGGAGAUAAGUAAGCCAUAACUAAAAGGAAACACUGCUGGUAUGUUGUACUGCAAGUCCUCUUUCAAAACUGGCAUGCAGAACUCACAAUAGGCAAAUGCAGUAGACUGGAUGGCAAGAAGGCAUUUUCUGCACCCUUCAUGGUGUUUGCUUUGUUUAUUCUUGGCUUGGCCACUCGGAAGCAAACAGAAAAAUUGUCCUGGUUUUGCAGGCUCUGGUGUUAAAUCCAGAGGCUUCCUGGACCUUCUUUUAGGCUAGUGCUUCUAGAUCUCUGGGUGUGACUUAGUCCUGUCUGAACAAUAAACCCUGCUGUGCAUCAUAGAGACAGCCUUGUGUUCUUCAUUCCAUUGUGUAGAAUGCCUGAUCCAUUUCUAUUUAACACUAUUAGAAACCUUUGUUAACCUUGAAAUUUUCCAGGAUCUCAGUAUUCUUCAUCAAUGCAGGGAUGGGGCAGUCUUCACUUUCAAGAUAGUGUCACAUCUUGUUGCAAGCCGUAGUUAACUUGUAAAUAAUCCAAGGGCUAGGAACUCUCCCUACCUGGUCUUGGCUGGUCAAAAGCAAGAUUCUCAGCAGAGCUCCAUUCAGAGCUCAGAAUACUUAGCUACUUCUUUUUUCUAUUCUCUCUUUUGCCUUCCUCUUUGUUUAGGACUGGUCUUGGAAGGAGAGGCUUUUCAUUAGGUCAUGGUUUUCUUUUUGUCUUAACCUUUCCCAUUGCUCCAGAGGAUUUCCUGCACUCUUAGUGGUAUUGAAACAAGACAGUCUUUUCCCACCCCACAAAAAAACACACACUAUUAAACAGGGUAGGAAAAUCGCAUCAGGAAUUCCUGUGCCGCAAGAAAGGAGUGGGUGAAUAUUUUUCUGCAUUUGUAGGCUAGACCGUUCUAAGACCUGGGGAUGACCUUCUGUCCCAUCUUCUUCAUGUUUUCUCUUUCGGAAAUGGUCCAUUAGAUGUGUUUUUACAGUAAUAUUUGUCCAGUUGGUCAACCUGGUGUUUCGAGAGCUGAAUUUUGCAAACUGCUGGUUUAUCCAGUACUACAGGAUAGGAGGAGUUAUUUUUCAGCUUCUGGUGCAGCCUGGCAGUGCCCUCCUUGGCAUCUUUGCAAGCUGACCCUGUGACCCAGAGGAAGCACUGCCCUCAAAGUAAAGGCUGCUCCUAUCUGCCACUACCAAGAAUGGGAACUAACAGAAAAAGACAGAUUUCCGUUUCUCAGUAAAGCAAACAACCCAAUUAGUUGCACAUAUUCAGUUUCCUCUGAAGAGGUGGCUCUCGAGGGCUGUUAAACAAGAUCGGUCGAAUGAUAGUUAGCAACGUGCACUAAGAAGAGAGAAAAUACAGCAGAUUGGAAAAACAGCUGUUAUGAGAACGUGUCAGAUAGCACUGCAGAACUUUGUUGGGUAAGAGGGAGCGGCUGUGGACCAAAGCCAUUCUGUGCUGCUCCUAAUGUGUGAACACCUGGGAAGAGUGUUUUCUGUUAGAGGAAACUUUGAAUACUGGCUCUUUCUAUCAUCUCAGUUCAUAUUCCUGCUGCUGGGAGUCUUUUGUUUCUUUAUAUGUCUCCAAGGCAAGCCUUUUCCCAUUAGCACUUCUUUGCAGUCUUGCUGCUUUGUAACUUUAGGAGAUGCAUAUUAUACAGGUUGUGUGCUGCUGCUGAUGUGAAAACCGUGGGCAUUUGUUAGCGUCACAAUUACCCCAUCUUUCUGUCUCAGUGGUUUUUACAUUGAAACACAUACACAUUUUUGAAGUGGUGAAGUAUGAUUUCCAGUGCUUGGUGAGACAAGGCUCCAACUUUCCAAAGCAUGUUGUCCUGCAGAAUCCCAAAGAGACAUGGUAUGUGCCUAAAUAUGCGAGGUAUACAUAGCUGACUGUCUCUGGAAAUGCAUUGUGUGUCCCCCAGAGCAGCAAAAUGGGGAUGGAAGCUGUGAUGGCACUGCUGGAAGCAACACCAGACACUCCUGCCUGUGUGGUCAGUCUCUCCGGGAACCAGUCAGUGCGCCUACCCUUAAUGGAAUGUGUGCAAGUGGUGAGUAUUUCACAUGAUCAUAGAAGCCAAAUAUAUGCAGUGUGGAGAAGCACAGCAUUGGGGCGGGGGGGAGGCCUCCAUUUUUAUACAUGUGUGUGGGGUGACAGGGAACUUCACAGUUGACACACGAUGAUGAUAAUCAGCAAACAAGCAGAUAUUUGGAAGGUUCUCUGAGGGGGUCAGGAACUGUGCAUAUGUAGAGGGAAUAUGACAUCUGAGACGGAAUACCAAAACUAUUUGCUUUCAUUGAAACAAACAAGAAAAAUAGCCUAUGUAGAAAGAAAUCUGAAAACAUGGUAUGAGGUUUUGCUAGAUUUCCAGUGGGUAGGAGGUACAGUGGUGCCUCGCAAAACGAAAUUAAUCUGUUCUGCGAGUCUCUUCAUCUUGCAGUUUUUUCGUCUUGCGAAGCACGGCUAUUAACGGCUUAGCGGCUAUUAACGGCUUAGCGGCUUUAAGAAAAAGGAAACAAACUCGCAAGAACUCGCAAGACGUUUCGUCUUGCGAAGCAAGCCCAUAGGGAAAUUUGUCUCAAAAAACGGAAAACUCUUUCGUCUAGCGAGUUUUUCGUCUUGCGAGGCAUUCGUCUUGCGGGGCACCACUGUAUAACUAAGCUUGCAUUCUGUAGUUGGGGUUGCUUUUUCUUUUUUUCUUUUUGUUACAUUUCCUUACCUGCUCAUUCCCCUGUUUUAUGUGAUCUUUUAUACAACAUAAAAACCACCUCUGGAAAUCUAGUGGAAGUUUAGCACUGAUUUCCAUUUUAACUGUUUCUACCAAAAGAGUCCAUUUGCAACCCUGUUCACAUGGAAAAUUGCAGGAGUUUUGUGUCGUAACUGCACACGACGAAAUCUAAGGUGGCAUCCCAGUGUACGUGACCUUUCCCACCAUUAAAAUUUAGCAUGGCAUGGUAGUAUGCUGAUUGAAAAGCCACAGUUCCAUAAUGCGCUACAACGUAAAAGAAACAUAAGAAAUCUAACGUUAUAAUCAAAUUAACAGAAAAAACAACAUGUCUGAAUGUAGCCUUGAUUAGCAUAGGUACCAGCCUCUCCCCAUGCUUCUGCACCCUUAUAUAUAGCUGUCCAGUUGUCUUUUGUCCCCAUAUUUUUCCAUGAGGCCUGAGUCAAGCUCUGCAAGGAAGGCUUAUUAUGGUCCCAUUGAUGGCUGAGCCCUGGUCUGUGGUGAUGCUGGGCCUUUUCUGUCAUACUACACUCUAGUUGUGGAGUUCCCUCUCAGUGGAGAUAUAGCUGUUCUCAUAUUGUCAGCUUUUCAACACACUGGGGAAAUGAUUUUUUUCCCUUUCCAGGUUUUCAGGGAUAUGUGAGCUUAAGGGUUGGUCUGUCUGCAGCAAAAUUGUAUAUAUUACUCCCCGCCACCCCGAUACUUACUGCUUUAUAGUUUUAAUAUUACUACGUGUUGUAUAUUAUUGGAGCAUUUGUUUACCACCUUGGGAUCCUUUGGGAUGAAGCACUGUUUAAAAACAUAAUUAACCAGAAUAACCAUUUUCUUCCGGUUUUUGACAAAAUAAAAUAGAUUUUUUAAAUUAAAAAAAACCACUUCCCAAAUCAACUAUGCAUGCAUAACUUGUUGCGACCCAUCAACAUGGAGUUUGUGGGUGUAUGGUUUUGGAUUUUUGAGCGCAGAACCUCCAGAGCCCCUGAACCAUGCCUUUUCAGUGCCAUACACAUUUGGAGUCGGGCAUACAUGAUGGAACAGGCUGUGCCAGCGAACUCUCCCUGGGAGAGUUCUUUUUCUUGAUUUGCCCUGGCCCAGCCUUUCUGGGGAAGAGGGUAGAAAGGCAAUGCAUCUCCCUUAGGGGUUCUUGCAAUCCUUUGGUCCUUCCAGCCUCCCUUUUUUAUGUCACUUUUUUCUCUGUGCCUGAAAUGGCCCUCCGAUGAGCGUGUCCGUGAAUGUCCUGAAAAGGAAUUGGCAGAAGAUGAAUUAAUCUCACUGUUUUAUUAGAUUUCUACUAGAGCCUGGCUAUGAUUCUCUAACCCCCUACCUCCACAAUAUCUUUAUAGACCAAAGAUGUCCAGAAAGCAAUGGAUGACAAAAGAUUUGAUGAAGCAAUUCAGCUCAGAGGGAGGUAAGAGAUGUUUCUGGGAUCUGGGUGGAAAUUGAAUUUCCUCUCAUCUGUUUGUUUAUAUUAACAUUUAAAAUAACAACACUUAUGAAGGCAAGUCUUGCUGUAGACCUUUGGUAUUUAGUAGCAAAGACAAGAACUUGCUACUCAUUUGUUCAGUUCUCUUUUCUUAACAUUUCCAAGGUGUUUUUUCAUAGGAAAUGUGAAGUCAGGUACAAAAAAAGCAUUAAAAACUCCUCUAAUAUUACAGAAGUUCUUUACCUCUUUUUUCCUGCCCAUAGAGAAACCCUGACUCCCCAACCCAUAGCCAUGAUUCACAGUCUGAGGAAAUCUCUAGAUGUUUAGUGGAUCUGUGCUCUUUUUUCAACUUCUGAUGGCCAGUCCUAUUUAUUGUGAGCCAAAUGAUCAGAGCUGAUGGUUACUUUUCCUUCAUUCUCCUUUCUACUGCAACCCACUUGGCCCAUCUUUUUGACAUUAAUAGCAACAUGGGCGUCUUAAGUGUCUAACCUUGUUUCUUCAUGGAUCAUUGGUUCACGAGAAUCAAAUAAAUCUCACACAUGUUUUGGAUUGCGAGCAGUUGGUUUUCUUCCUAUUUUAACCCCGUUCCACUACUACUUGGGUGGACAUACAACAUACAUACAUACAUACAUACUGUAUGUUCUGGUCACUCAUUCAAUGGCAGAAUCUCUCCAUAACUGGAACUAAAAUGGGGGGGGUGCAGAAUUAUGCAAAAUGUUGCGGUGAGAAUUGGUUCUGUUUAGGGUUCUAGCCACUCCAUUCCAUCAUUUCCCUUUUCUGCUGCUCUUUUUCCUCAUGCAUGGAUGGCGCCAUUUUGGUUACGUAAGCAAUGCCACUGAAAGUCUAGACAUCAGAGAUAGAGGGAAUUUUUUGACCAGUAUUCUGGUCGUGCCACUCUUUUAAGUAAGUCCUUAAUGCUUAAGAAAGGAACUGCAGCCUAACACUUUUUCCUGUCACCUAUAAGACAGUGUCACAGUGACUGCUAUAGCAGACUCAGGGCUUAGAUAAACUAUCAGCCUAUUUUGAAAACAGAAACAUAACUUAUUGAGGAAAUGACUGAUAACCAGUUACAGCAAAACAAGGCAAUAAUUUAUUCUGUACACAGUGGGAAGGCAGCCUUCCCCACUUUGUGCUGUCCAAAACAUCUGGAGGACACCAGAUUGAGCAAAGAUGAGGAACUUGUGACCUUCCAGAUGUUGCUGGACUUUUGCUUCGAUCAUCCCUGACCUCUGGCCAUGCUGGCUGGGGCUAAUGCUACUUGGAAUACAACAAUAGCUGAAGGAGUCCAGCAAUAGCUAAAUUUCCCUGAGAAUUAGGAAGCCUGCUUUAAGUGAUCUUCCUGGCAAGGAGACACAGGAGUAGCAAUUUAGGACUGUUUUUGGGAGUGCAAAUAUUCUUGUGUGUAUUUUUUGUUUAAACAAAUAUAAGUUAAAAGGUCUGAGCAUGCUUUAAGAUGCAUGAGUAGAAAAUUCACUUACCUUAAUUGAAAUAGGUGGAAGAUUCCAUAGGUCAGCACUUUCAGGCAAAAGCUAAAUUAAAUUUGAGAAGUUACAUCCACAAUGCACUUCAGUGAUGGUACAUUUUCUGGAAGGAAUUAAAAAGAGGUUCACGUUUGAAGUUGUUGUGCAUCUUAGGAGCAUUCUAGAGUCCAAGUAAGAAAGAGAAGAGAAUUUCUCUCUGUCUCUUAGACUUGGCUUUGGUGGUUUCUUACGAUAAAAGAUUACCAAUAUAAUUGUGGGCUUGUUUUACCAGGAGUUUUGAAAACAACUGGAACAUUUACAAGCUUCUUGCACACCAGAAGCCUGCAAUGGAAAAGGUGAGGAAGCAAAGAGAAACAGAUUUUGUUCUGCAGGUUUCUUGCAGUGUGAAAGGAAUAGCUGUUAUUUCUUUUACUGCUUUAAUGUUUCCAUAUUUAUCAUGGUCUGUUGUUUGUUGUUGCAUGUUGUAAGCAUGUUGCUUUUGUUAUUAAUUUGUUUUUGUGAGCUCCUUGUAAGGAAAGUGUUUGAAAAAGCCACCAAUAAAUAAAUAAAUAAAUAAAUAAAUAAAUAAAUUUGUGUGCACAAGCACAAAUCAAAAGUCCCAAGGCAGCAGGAAGCAGGCCUCAAGAGGGUGCAUCUGGACAUUUAAUGAUGGACGGACCUAUACAAUGCUGCAGCUCCUAAAAGGACUUCUGUGUGCAAUGGAACUUCCUCUCCUGUCCCCACCAGCCCCCUGCACACACUCAAAAUUAUAUUGGGGGACCCUCCAGAGCUGCUUUUGGGAACCCAUCAGGGUAGGAAAGGGAACGGAAGUCCUGUUGCACUAGUGGAACCCUGCUGGCACAGCAUUGGAUACAAUGCAAGGUUUUAAAAAAUGUCCACAAAUUGCACUUGCAUUCUAUGUUCACAGACAGUAAAAGCAAUGUCUUCCUGUGUAUGCUAGAAUCCACACUGUAUAUCCAAUAAAGGUUUCCAAUACAGUCACAAAAGAAGUGCUGUCUCUUGGACAUCUCCCCCUCCCAUUUGCAGAUGCUCGCAGCCUCAAAGCAGUUGCUUGCAUGCCCAGCCUUUUUCAAUAGAGGUCGGAUGUGUCCUUACAGGCCAGGAAAGAGCUGCCAUCUGUUUUGCUCAAGGGUCAAACAAAGGAAUGCAGAAGCAACCUCUGGCUUCUGCAGGAAACACCAGCAGCCCUCAUAUGUGCUUCAUCCCAGGGACAUAGGCAGCAGUGCUAUGCCUGACUCCCUGAGCCGCCUGAACAGAGGUGCAAAGAGAUGGAGAGGGCAGGUGAAAGUAGGACCCAAUGCUGCUGCUGCUAUAUGGAGCUCUGAACUCCUUGCACAGGGUGGAAAAACUUGACCCUCUUCUACAGCCAAAAGUUAGGCAAAGACUUUGUGAACUGUAAUUGUUAUGUUGAUAUAUGGUCUUCCUGUCAUUUCUUUUAGAUCAGGGUAGUCCAGCGUGUGGCCUUUUUUGGCAGCCCUCAGCAACAUUUGAUUCCCGCCUCCCCCCCCGCCCCCCGCCGCUGCCCUCAUGCUAUCUUCCGAAAGCUGGUUAAGUGAGGUUCUGGACUUUGGGAAGGAAACGCAAUGCUCUGGCAGGGUCCUAGAGUCCUCCUUCCUCCUUCCCAAAGCCUAGGUAGUGCUUUCCCAGCUUUAGGAAGAAGGUGGGAGGACUCUAGGACCCUGCCAGAGCCUCACAGUUCCUUCCCAAAGACCUGUGCCUCACUUAGCCAGUUUUGGGAAGGCAGUGCAAGGACUGAGAGGGGGUGUCAAAUUUUGGCCUUGCUUCCUUCCCCCUGUGCGACAAGGCAGUUUGCAGCCCUUGGGUUCUGUGCCGAAGUACUCUUGGUAUGAAAAGUUGGACCACCUUGUUUGAGAUGAUUAUGCAAGGAAGUGAGGCACAUCUCAGCCAAGGCUACUCAGUAUCUUGUCUGAAGUUCUCAAAAUACUUACCUGAAGUAUUGCAGGACAAGGAAGUUGCACAAUGUCCUCUUACAUAGCUUGCUUUGUAGCAGAGGUACCUCCUAAGGGCUCGCUGCACUCCCAGCACCCUCUGAGUGCUGACAAUGACUUCUUCCAGCUGAUUAUUAUCCGUUUCUGUUCCGGGCAGAGCAAUUUCAAUAUUGCCAUUCUGAAUGUGGGAGCCCCUGCAGCCGGCAUGAAUGCAGCAGUCCGGUCAGCUGUGCGUGUUGGGAUCUGCCAAGGCCACACAAUGUAUGUGGUGAAUGAUGGCUUUGAAGGCUUGAGCAAAGGACAGGUGAGUCUCUCUAAUUGGAAGGGAGGAGGUCCUCCCUCCUGUCGGACUACUAGUCCUUCUCAUUUCUUUGUAAAGUAGAGCAUCUACAGGGCAACAUUCAUUUGGAACUCCAACUGUCAUUUGUGCUGCAAAACUGGCACCAUGAUUUAUGAAUUUCUGAUUGGAAGGGACAGAGGUGAGGCGGAGUUGGUUGUAACAGGAAGCAAAAUAUCAAUUUGAUCUUUCUUCUUUUAAACCACACUGCUUUCACUUUCAAAUCCAAGGUUUGGAAGACAACCUGGUGCAGUUGGGAAUGGCUGGGCGAAUCAUGAGAGGUCUAAUGAAAUGUUUCUUCUCGUAGAUCCGAGAGGUGGGCUGGCACGAUGUUGCAGGCUGGCUAGGGCGUGGAGGAUCCAUGCUGGGGACCAAAAGGUAAGUUGACAUGACAGCCCACAGAGUGGUUCUCUGCAGAUGGGGAGAAAUUGCAGGACUGAGUUCAAAGAGGGGACGAUACAGGUAAAACCUUCCAAAAGGUUGGUACCUGUUACGAAGUGUGUAGUGAGCAUGCAAGCCUGCAAUUCUCACAUGCAAUCUGGCUCUCAUUUCAAGGGAUCUUUUGUUCUAAAAUGGAAUUAGUUUAUUAUCUCAGGGGGUGCAUAGCAUAGCAUAGCAGUUUUACACAAUUGUCCUUCACCUAAAACAGAGCAAACCUUUCUCAACCUUUCAUGAAGGUGAUCAGGGAUGUAUCACUGCUUAAUUUAUUACAGAACUAUUGUAAUUUAAGAAUUCUCCCCCUGCAGCUUAUCUUACCUCUGCCUUCCAGUUGUGGAAAUUAAUUGUUUGUGUGGCUGUUUUUCCUGUAUGAUUUAUUCUUAAAAAUUGCUGGCCACUGUCAGCAUAUCAACAUAUUUCUCUGAAAGGUCUCUUGAUAACAUACCAAGCUUAUGACAAUCAGUUUUUCUAUGUACUCAUUCUUUGCUAUUCUAUAUUCUUUUCUUACCAUAGUCAUCUCAUAACCAGCUUUCUCCAUAGACACUUUCCCCCUUUAACAUUCCAGUGUCAUUUGUCUUCUUCAUUUCUUAGACGCAAACCUAAAAUUGCCAAGCUUCUAUCUUAUUUUUUCAGCUGUCGGAAAUGGAAAGUGCAUGCCUGAACUUCUUGGACAGUCAUCAUGCUCCUGUAUUAUCUCUACAGGAUCCUUCAUUAUUGUUAGUUCAUGGCCCUUUGUUUAUUUUAUUUCUCUUUCAUAGAAUGCUUUAUCUGCUUCUCCUGAAUGUUUUGGUGCUCUAUGAUAAGCAAACAUAAUAUUUUCUGUUUCCUACUUCCUUGCCAAUUCUUCAUUGUCUCAUUUGGAGGGCUUCCAAAAUAGUUAUUCAAUGUGGAAUUGCCAUGCUUCAUUCUCUCAUUUCUUUAUAGGCCACCCACAUGCUGCAAGUCUUAAAGUGGGAGGCUCACAAUGGCUUUUGCAAGGUUCCUCCCCCGCUUCCCUUUUAAUCCCCCAGUCUCACUCUAACUGUAAAGGUUAGGGAGGCCUGCAAAGGCUUUUGGAAGCCUCUUCCUGCUCCCCGCCUUUAAUAUUGGGGUGAAAGGGAUUUUUGACAAUAGGGUAGUCCUGCCCACCUGUCAGUCAUGUGAUGUCAUAAUGAUGCCACCUGUCAAAUUUGACCCACAAGGCAGAUCCUAAUAAGGAUCUCAUUGGUGAAGCCAAAAAAGAUUCCCACCCCUGCUUUAGGUUGAUAAUCAAGUUGUGCAAUGUUAAAAAGGGUGAGUCUUAAAUGUUGCAAACUCUUGGGUUUGCAUAAUAAUGUCAUGAGACUUGAGUCCCAUCAGACAGGAAGCAUUAUCUCAUCCAAAUUGCUCUCCUUUCUGGUAAACAGGGCAGGGGGACCUACUGAGCUUGCCAUUUAUUCCUGUGGGCUCUGAAAUUUUGUGAGGGUUUGAAAUGUGAUGGCAAUGGUGAUGAUUGCGUCUGAAACCUGAUGGGGUCUGCGUGCAUGCAAAUACUCAUCUAUAAAUUAAAUAUGGGGCAGAGGAUCUUAAAAUGCGUACUGCAAGUAUGAAUUUGGAUAAUGUUCACCAGUUGCACAUUCUUGCCAUAAAGUGCAUGCGGCCUCUAUAAUAACUGGUUUAUUUAAACUGGUAAUGAAUGCAAAACCAGAUCUGCUACAGACACAAGUUUCAUUGGACUGUUUCGCCAGUCAAGAAUCCCUGUGGAAUUCAGUCCUCCAGAGAUUUGUCUCCUUACAGUCCUCGGUCUCAGCUGUGCUGUGUCAGCUUAACAGAUAAUUUCACUGUACAUCCUGUUGCUGUAUCCCAGGGGUCGGCAAACUACAGCCCACGGGCCAGAUCCGGCGCAAUUGCCCUCAGCAUCCGGUCCACAGACAAUCUGUGAAUCGUGUGGAUUCCUUCUUUUAAAAAAUUUUGUUAAUUUUUUUUCUGCGCCACCAUUUUUUUUGUGGGGCACCAUUUCCACACACACACAUAGCGGCAUCUCCUCCCUCCUGGUUUUCCUUGUCCUUUUGCCCGCCCUACAUAGAGGAGGAAGGGGGCUGGGCUGAGCUGGCUGAGUGCCAUUUUGGGCAGUGCCUCUCCGGAGCCAGCGAGCACCUUUUGGGCCGCUCUUGCCGCCGCCACCAGCCUCUGCCGCUCGCAAGGGCAGGCACAGGAGCCGUGGUUGGCAGAGGGCAGCGCCUCUCCCAACCGCGGCUCCUGUGCCUGCCCUUGCAAGUGGCAGAGGCUGGCAGCAGUGGAGGGAUGAGCGGCCCGAAGCAGCCCUUUCGGGCCGCUUGUCCCUCCGCCGACAGCCUCUGCCGCUUGCAAGGGCAGGCACAGGAGCCGCAGUUGGGAGAGCACAGCGCUUCUCCGGAGCCAGCCAGCCCUUGCGCCAGCAGCACCAUAGGUAGGCGGGGGGGGAGGGGCUGGGGGAGAGAGAGAAGACCCCAAUGCUGGGUGCGUGCCUGCCACAAGGUCUGGGGGACGGUGAACCUGCCCCCUCCAAAAAAAGUUUGCUGACCCCUGCUGUAUCCCAUUGCAGAGACUGUAUAGCUGGAAUAGUCACAGGUUGCAAGCAUGAACUCAUUUCCAAAUCAUUUACAAGGCCAUUGCAAAUGUAACAGUUUUGCAUGUUACAUCUUUACCCUUUCCUGUACUGACCCCGCUUCACUUGUGUAGUACAGUAUUUCUUAAGGGAGUGUGAUAAGUAGCGACUGAAGUAACCACCUGCUAUGUGAACUGCCAGGAUUAUGUUCCCUCACAUAGACAGCCUCGUUUGUGCUUAGUUCUGCAGGUGAAGAGUGACCACAGAUCUUUAUGAGCUAUCUGGCUAAGUACCUAUUCUACUGGGCUUAUCUGAACAUAAGAGUCUUUUCCAGAGUAUCUGGACUGUACUCUUCAAUUGUUAGCAUGGCCAAAGUGGGAGAAAGUUGGUUUAAUAAGCAUGUUUCCUCUUGCUGGUCAGUAGGCCAUUCAUUCUGCAGGAAGCAAUACAAAAGGUGCAUUGUUCCUAAAUGACUUGCACUUGCCAGUCUGUGGGAGUGAGCCUGUCUGUCUCUGCUCCCUUGGCAAAGAACAUAUCCUAUCAAAGGCUGGCCGUUGGUGCAUGCUCUAGCUUGCCUUUAUGCUGUUAUUUGGAAAGUAAGGCAGCAAAUUAAACGUGGAAGAUUUCAAAGCAUCUCUUUGCCUGCUUCAUGAAAUUGGCGUCUCUUCUCUUUUCCUUCACUGUGCUAAGACAAUCCUAUUCUUAAGCAGGUGCGGUAAAGCAGGAAGAGGCAGGCAUCGUGAUGCAGCUUUUCUAACAGCUUGUUUUGUUCUUGUUUUGCCAGAACGCUUCCCAAGACAUGCAUGGAAAAGAUUGUCGAAAAUGUCCGGAAAUUUAACAUCCAUGCACUGCUGGUUGUUGGAGGAUUUGAGGUGUGGAGAAGUUCAUCGGACACUUUCAGAUUUGAAUGAGAAAUGCCUCUCUCCUUUUCCUAAAAAGCUGGGCCAGGCAUGAUUGCACUGAUGUUGGUACUUCAGUGUGUAGACAGACUGCAAGGCUGGAAUUACCCACAUUGAGCUGCAGCUCAGUCAUAGAACACAUGCCCUUUAAACCCCAUCCACUUCCACCUUCCCCAUCCCAAUUCCUCCUCCCUUCCAGCUUUCUUCCACUCAUCACCUAAAUAACCCUCCCAUAUUCCCCCUCAUAUCUCUAAAUGCCAUCUUAACCACUCCCCUGCCAGUUCCACUUGCUGCUUCCCCAAUUCCUCCCUUCGCUCCCCCCCCCCCCCCCGCCAGCCACCAAAGAACUAAAACUGCCAUACACAGAAACCCUUUUUCCCCACACCAAGGCCUUCCUGUAAUCCCCACCAUCAUGUACUACAGACAUGAGUUUUCCUUUCUCCCUGCCCCCCCACCCAUCCUCCUUCCCCCACUCCUGCCUUUAGACCCUUGGGAAGCAGCCAAUAAAAACCAUGUGAUGACUGACUAGGUUAAAUAUAGUAUAUAGUGAGAUCUAUAGAGUUGGUCUCUUUUUGGUCUCUUUUCAUAGUACCUUUUGUUUCAACAAUUGCAAUCCUCUUUAGUAAACAUAUGCUUUAAAUGACUAUGUAUCAAAAAUACCUCUGGACUGAUAGAUACCCAGUUUCCAAGGGUUCAUUUCAAGGUCAUGACUCCUACCCAGCUCAAGAGAGUCGAUCAAAAUUUUGAUUUAAGAUGCUCAGAGGUGUAAAAUUUCUUUUUAUCUCUUACUUCUUGCAGCCCAGUGCUUAGGCUUGGGUAUGUGGCUUACAUUUCUGCCACUCUUGUCUUUUGCAGGCGUAUGAGGGAGUACUACAAUUGGUGGAAGCUCGUGGUCAGUAUGAUGAGCUUUGCAUCAUUAUGUGUGUGAUUCCAGCCACCAUCAGCAACAACGUCCCAGGCACUGACUUCAGCCUGGGUUCUGAUACAGCUGUCAAUGCUGCCAUGGAGGUAAGAUGGGUCUAUCCAGCAGCCACAGAAUGCCGGGAACUAGGCAUGCGGGGAGAUGAAUUAUAUAACCUUUGUUUCAUCAAUGUAUUUCUAUUGCAUAUAUCAGAAAUGUUGGCAAGAAAGAUAGAGGAGGCAGGAGGUGGAGCAGGGGAGUAAUACAGACCACGUAAAACUACACCUGCCCCAGCAUGGUAGACAGAAACUCAGCUUAACACCUGGGCAACUAAGCAUCCUUUUCCUUCCUCCCCAAUCUGUAGAGCUGUGACCGCAUCAAGCAGUCCGCCUCGGGCACAAAAAGACGAGUGUUCAUUGUGGAGACGAUGGGCGGUUACUGCGGCUAUUUGUCUACAGUGACUGGCAUUGCAACAGGAGCUGAUGCUGCCUACGUCUACGAAGAUCCUUUCACCAUUCAUGACUUAAAGGUGUGCUGGUGGCAGAAUUGAGCACGUGAAGUGCUGUUUGAAUGUCGUGAGGUGGCCCAGAAAGAUGGUUUCCUGGCAUUUGUCAGAUGUGCAAGGGGCAGGAAAAUGGGUGAUAACUGGGGGUGGAUGAGGAGGGAAUAUGGAAAAGAAGAUGACUCCUGGUUGGGGGAAAAAUUCCAAACUUCAAAUCAAUGCUUAUCAGGAACCUAUAAGUUGUUAUUGAUUUGUGUACUUCAUGUUGCAGCCCUCCCCUUUCAUAAGAACUUGCAUGAAAGUGGCCUCUCAAUUUUUCUCACAGGCUCAUAUAAGUUCAGCACAAACAGUUGGGCCUGGUGAGCAUUUAAGGUCCCCAACCCUAAUCUGCUGGUUGCCAUCUGAUUGGAUUUUAUUCUGAUCCUGAUCUGAUUUCCGGAUGUAUUUUAAUUGAUUGGCUGAUUUUACGUUAAUGUGUUAUACAUUUGAUGUUAGCCGCUCUGAGCCCGGUUUUGGCCAGGGAGGGCGGUGUAUAAAUAAAAAAUAUUAUUAUUAUUAAACAAUAUUUGAAAAAAGCAAGACCUAAAUUACAUAUGUAGUUCUAUAAAAUGCAGACAUCCUAUCUUACAUAAGUCAUGUUCCAUCUGUGAGAAGACUGAAGUGUUCCCAAUGAAUCCUGUAACUUAUCUGGAUAUUGGAAGUGCAGGUGAGAUGAACUGGCUGAAAGAGAGAGGAGAUAUUUGGACCACGUGUGGUGGCAAUGCUCAUCAUGACAACUCGUCUGUCUCAUUUUACAGAGUAAAUUAAAAAUGAGGCAGAAUUAAUUAUCCCUCUGCCACCCUUUUCCACUACAGCAAAUUUUGGCUCCAAAGCCCAAGGCAGUUAGGAUGGAAUUCAAAGUAGCUCUGUUACAUCAGACAAGCAUUUUGCUUGCUUGAGGCAACAAUCUCUCCUCUCCUUAGACAUGCCUUAUACAAGCAUUUAUGCUAGCAAACUCCUGAUCAUAGAACAAAAGCAAUAUAUCAUCUGAUGGUGACCACUUCUCCAUCUCUGAUUUUUUCCAUUCUUGUUCUGGGGGAGCCUGUUGCCUUUGCCAGCUUUGCUGGCAAUGAAUACACCCAAGCUAUAAAAUGGUUUACUUGAAGACAGCCUUCUGCAACAUAGUGUCUUCCAGAUGUUUCUGACUACAACUCCCAUCAUCCCUGGUCAUUGGCCAGGCUGGCUAGGGCUGAUGGGAGUUGGUGUCCACCAACAACUGCAGGGCACCAGAUUGGGGAAGGCUGACUUACAUUGAUCUCAAUGGAACAAAUGCAGCAACUGUUGUUCAUAUAAAUGUGUUGCUAUCAAGAACAACAGUGACCAAGAUUAUUCAAGCUGCUAAAACAUUCUGUUUCCCUCCUGGUUAACCUUUUCUUUUCACUUGUUUGUUGCACUUAAUGACAGUUGAUUCUAACACAGUCAGGCUUGAGCAAAGCAUUUAUAGUCUUGUCUUAUCUAAUCUCAUUCUCUCUGUAGCUCAGAAGUGACAUUUCCUUCUUCCUUUUUCUGAAGAGCUGUUUUCUCUUGAAUCAGCAAAAUUUGUUCCAAUGAAAACGAUUGGUCUUUGUGUCUUUCCAGGCAAAUGUUGAACAUUUAACUGACAAAAUGAAAACAGACAUUCAGAGAGGCCUAGUACUGCGGUGAGUUGUGGAAAAGGCACUGAAACGGCCGUGCUUCAGUUCUUGAAGAAGAUGGAAAUCUUCAGUGUCAUCUGGGAUUGAAAUAACUUUUAUCUCUGUAGCUUUUUGAAUACACAAUUUUAUAUUGAGUGUGCCAAUGCUAUGGCAGCAGCUCUUUUAAAAAGGCUGAGACGGUAGCUGAAAAAGGCAUAAAGAGAUUUGGGGCUCAGACUGUCUUUUUCAGACUGUCUCCCUCAAGAAAGGAGGGAGCAAGUGAUGUGUUCAGCAGAGGGAGUGUACUAUAUCUGUGAUAGGAGCAUCUGUGGCCCUCCAAAUGAUUCUGGACUCCCAUCUCCCAGCAGUCCCAGCCAACAUGGUCAAUGCUCAGGGAUGAUGGGAGCUUGGUUCACUGCCUCUGAACUAUGGGAAGCAUCAGCUAAUAGUGCAGGAUGCCAUCACCUGCUCCUGGAUCACAGGGUUGGCACUGUUCUCUGUGACUCUGCUGACCCAAUCCCUGGAGUAUUGCCAAGACUUGCAUCUCUGUAGCAUGCGUGAAUAGUGACUCAGCACAAAUGAAGGAAUUGCAGCCUAGAAACCUCUGAAACACUGAAAAGAGAUGGAUGGUUUUAGAAAUGUGAUGAGAUUAGGCUUGGCUCCCUGCCGGGAUGGAGAUCUGAUGGAUUCUACCGCAGUCCUGAGGAAAAAGGGUAGAGGAGAUUCCUCAAGUGCAAGGCUAGUACAGGGGAGAGAAUGGUUUUGCCAGUGCUCAGUAGCUGGCUACACUGUCACUGGUUUAGUUCUGCUUCCUUUGUCUAAAUUUUGUCAGCAUUUGCCUGAAACCCAGUUCUCUGUGUAGUCCUGGCAGAGCAAAACUUUAAGAAUAUUCAAUCUCGCACACUUCUUGGAUCAUAAAGGACUCUUCUCCAAAGCUCUUAUCCCUGGUGUUGUUAACUUGUGCAAACAAACUCACUUCAUUUUGAUUUUUCUUUCCAAAAACUGUCUUUCCCUUGUUUUGGAAUUAAGAUAAAGUCUGUGUGCAGAAUUCAGAACCUCAGAAAAUAUUUUUAAAAGCUAAAACACAUAUCCUGAAAAACCCAAUAAAAAUUCAGCAUACAAUCAGGAACCAGUCACUGAAACAAGAUCAAGAAUGAGUUAAGAAUGAGUGACCCUGGUGUGUUUCAUUGGAUUUCUACCAAGAAAGCCCCACCUUUAUUCUUGUUGUGGAUUAGGAGAUGAAACCUGAAGCAGGGCCCUCCUUAUGAAAUCAGAGGGCAGAAGGUCUUGUAUGGAAAAAGCCAGUGUAUAAAAAACACGAGACUCCGCCACCGAGGGCUUCAGCAUUUUAAAUCAGUUGGGCCCAUGAUGCUUUCUAUGCUGUGUUUUCUGUGAGAGAUACAGUCAUACUCACUUAGUGCAUCAAAGGGGAGGAGGGGCUGUAGCGCAGCAGGUAAAGCACAUACAUUUCAUGUAAAAGUCCCUGGGUUCGAUUCCCACCAGGCCUGGGAAAAUGCUCCUUCCUGAAACCCUGAAGCUCCACUGCUUGUCAAGUGUCAACAGCACUGAGCUAGAUGAGUUUUGACUUGGUAUUAUUAGGCAGCUGCCUGUGUUUUAAAGUGCCUUCUCCCUUUUGCUGUCUUCUUAGCAACGAGAAGUGCCACGAGCACUAUACCACUGAGUUCCUCUACAACUUAUACUCCUCCGAAGGGAAAGGAAUAUUUGACUGCAGGAUCAACGUCCUAGGCCACCUCCAGCAGGCAAGUAUUGCUACAUAUUGGGUAGCCACAAGGCAGUGUCAGGCUAAGUCACUUCUAAUGGAUUAGAAGAUUACUGGUGGAGAAAAGGCAGGCAGGCAGGCAGAUAUUAACUGGGAAAAACAGCAGAGCUUUUGUUUGAGAGUUUGUAACCAGAAUACUUUUUGUCUUGCAUGAAAACACUCAUCAGCUACUUCUUCCAUUCAGGGCAGUGGGGUACAUGCCAAGGUCCUGUUUUCCAGCUUUCAGCUGACCGGGGGUUUUUGUUUAGUUUUCAUUGAACUGUCUUCAUUUUGCAGAAGAGGCUUGCAAAAUGGCUGCUCAGUGGGAUGGCCCCAGCAGAAGAACAGCUGGGCCUCCCUUGCAGCAGGAGUGGCAUGACCACCCUUUGGGCUCUGCCUUCAUUUCCUUUUCUCUGUCUAUAGGGAGGUGCCCCAACCCCCUUUGACCGCAACUACGGCACCAAGCUGGGUGUGAAAGCUGUACUGUGGAUGUCGGAGAAGUUGAAGGAAGUUUACCGCAAGGGUAUGUUCAGAGAGGAUCACCUUGGGAACGGAAAAUUUUCACCCUGGUGUUUUGUAAUAGGGAAGAUCCUCAGGAGAACUUUGGCAGAAUGAGGUGAACUUCUUAUGCACCAUGCCUCCAUCUGCCUGUCAACCACUUUUAUGGUUGCUAAUCAACCGAGGAGAGGGAUUAAGGGAGUUGGGUGAAGCACCACUGCUCCUUCAGUAAGGGACAAAUGCCAGGAGGCUGCUGUGCACAUGUGCCUUCCCCCUUACCAUGAGAGAUGGUCCAUUCCCUGCCAGGGCCUAGCCAGGACUGUGCAGGGUGGCACCCCAGGGAACCAUUGUAAUUUGAAGCAUCUGGUCUGUACCUAGGAGGAGGAUGCUAUCCUAAAGUGAGGCCUCCUUGGUUUGCUGUGCUUGUGCUUUGAAGCCACUGAGUGCUCUGUGGGGACUGCUCACGAGGCCAGCAUUUCAGUGUGUGCCCAUAGUCAUUGAAAACAGUAUGCAACUAAUUUUCUUGAGUCCUGUUGACUUGCUGGGGUUCCAGGAGCCUCUAUAGCUACUGGCUCUCUGCCGGAGACAACCAGGGUAGCCACAUCCAGGCCUUCUCAAGUAAUGGCAAGCCGUUUGGUUGACGUCAGAAUUUCUCGGCACCACACCUAAAAGUCCUCUCUGUUUCCACAGGCCGGGUAUUUGCCAAUUCUGCCGAUUCUGCCUGUGUGAUAGGCCUGAAGAGGAAGGCUGUGUCAUUUAGCCCUGUGACUGAGCUCAAGAAAGUCACAGAUUUUGAGUAAGUAGGCACCUCUUUUGCCAUCUGAGUCACGGAAUGUGAGAUUCUGGGAGCAGGGAGGACACUUCCUGCCAGUGCUUUUCAUGGAAAGGACUGGUGGGCAGAGCGGCUGUGAGGCGUCAACUACAGUCCUCUUCUCUGUUUUGUGCUUCCUUUCUAAGGGAAGUGGGAAGUGCCCAGAUAUUUUGGGAAAUGGUGAGGUACUCUCUGUUUGCUGGCCAGCCUUGUGACUUGCUUGCCAGUGGGGACAUUUUCAUCCCUACUGGGAGUCAAAUGUUCAGAAUUUAGCAUACUGAGCAUCAAAGUGAGCUGGGUGAGUUCCUUGCCUGCCUCUCCCUUGAUGAAUUCUUACUUAAGAUAUGCUCCACAGCCACAGAUGGGUGGAGGCUGCCUGUAAACAGGGAUAUGGGCGGGCCGGUGUGUUUCCAAUCUGUGUCAGUUUCACAUGUGUUCAGCCAUAUCCCCUCCCAUUUCUGCAUUAAUCUCUUUGAGUUUUAAAAAACUUCAGAAGAAAAUGUUUAAAUGGUGUUUAAAUAUGUAUAUUUGGAUGUCUUUUUCCCACAACAUACAAAUUGCUGAAAGCUUUUCCCGUCAAAGUAAAGGUAAAGGGACCCCUGACCAUUAGGUCCAGUCGUGGCCGACUCUGGGGUUGCGGCGCUCAUCUCGCUUUAUUGGCCGAGGGAGCCGGCGUACAGCUUCCGGGUCAUGUGGCCAGCAUGACUAAGCCGCUUCUAGCGAACCAGAGCAGCACACAGAAACGCCGUUUACCUUCCUGCUGCCUAUUUAUCUACUUGCACUUGGACAUGGUUUUGAACUGCUAGGUUGAUAGGAGCAGGGACUGAGCAACGGGGAGCUCACCCCGUUGCAGGGAUUCAAACCACCGAUCUUCUGAUCAAGUCCUUGGCUCUGUGGUUUAACCCUCGUCCCUCCCGUCAAAGUACACACUUGUAAUUAUACCUUAUCGUAAAAUACGCAUUUUGCUACACUUUUUGAGCCUUCUGUGUUCAGCACAGAAUCUGAUCUGUACAUCCCUCUGGGAGGUAAAGAUCGGGGUCAAUUCCUGUUGCAAUUUGCAAAGAUUUGAAUUCCCCCAACCAGGAGAGGGGAAUUGACUUCACAGGUGCACAGAGCUGCUCUGCUUAUUGCUAACGACAUCACACAUUCCAGGGCUGAGCCCCAGCUCAGACUGAACCCUGGUGCUGACUUCGCUUUCCCCCUCCUUUCUUGCAGACACAGGCUCCCCAAGGAGCAAUGGUGGCUGAACCUGCGCCUUAUGCUGAAGAUGUUGGCCCACUACCAGAUCAGCCUGACUGAAUAUGUGUCUGGGAAGAUUGAGCAUGUCACCCGUCGCACGCUCAGCAUCGAAAAGGGGUUCUAG